AAUUAUGUGCCGUUACUGAAACACGCUCAAAACGACGUCACUUCCCCCCGCCACUUUCUAGUUUCUCCCUUGCGUUGUUACACAGACCGGGAAAAUAGAAUUUGGCUGCCGUCGAAUUGAAGCUUACUGUUGGGAAUAAGCUACUGAAUUCAGAAUCCUGUAAAGAAAGGCAGCAAUAGGGUCCGCCGGGCAUGAUGGAUGGUAGGCGGGGGGGAAGACGGCGGGGCGAUCAAACGCUUCUGCCUUUACGCCGCCCUGCUAGGCAUUUCUCUCAUACCGUAUCUUGCUGGUAUUGUGAUUUCAAGUGUAUGGCGUUCAAUGAGCUAUUGUUUCGUUUGGGUCGCAGACACUCUAGGAUCUUGAGAGUCUGGUUUUCCAUUGGGAUUGGGUUUAGCCUGGCUGCCCUCAUUGGAGCUACAGUAAUUAUUCUUUGUGAAAUGGCAAAAGCAACUCUUCUGUAUGCUGGAAUUGGACGGUCUGGUGACUCCUCAUUCGGGCUUUCUUUUUUGACUGCUGGCAUGAACAUGUCACCGUCCAGUAUGGGCUUCUUGUGCUUAUCUUCUUUCGUGUGCGUAAUGGUGCAUGAGUUUGGCCAUGCUCUUGCAGCAGCAAGUGAAGGUGUGCAGAUGGAGUAUAUUGCUUUCUUUUUCGCUCUGGUAUUUCCAGGAGCUUUGGUGGCUUUUAAUGAUGCAUCAUUGCAGUUAUUGCCUGGACUGGCUUCCCUUCGUAUAUAUUGUGCUGGUAUUUGGCACAAUGCUGCAUUUUGUGGAGUUUGCACGUUGGCUUUAUUCCUUCUUCCACUCAUCUUAAGUCCAUUGUAUAUACACGGUGAAAGCCCCAUGGUCUUAGAUGUUCAUUCUAUGUCACCGUUGUCGGGUUAUCUUUCACCAUAUGAUGUUAUACAUUCUUUGGAUGAGUUUCGUGUUUAUACUGCUGAAGAAUGGAAGCAGAAACUUACUGUUUUGACUAAGCAGACUCCCCCACUUUCCUUUGGUCAAUCUAGUGGAAUAGCAAACAUGCGAAAAAGUUAUUGUGUUCCACAUUAUUUAAUUGAAAAGAGCAUACAUGUUCCAUUCACAGGGUAUGAAACAUAUUGUCCAAAUGAACUUUUUGCCUUUGCACCGAUAACCUGUCCCGAUAUGAGCAAGUAUGGUGAUGGUGGCAACAAAACCAAUCAUCAGGAAAGUGGAGAAACUAUUCAUUGUUUGAAUGCGAAGGAUGUUAUCAAGCUUAGGAAAUGUGCCCAUGAUCCCGUGCAAGCUUCAAAUAAUAAUAGCGGAUGCCUUUGCUCAGAGGAUGAAUCAUGCUUGAUGCCGGUGCAAAUGCCAGGUUUAGGAUGGGUUGAGAUUACAUAUUCUAGAUUGGAAUGCCUCAACCAUGGAAGAAGUUUAUUUUCGGAAAACCAGCAUGCUAUUGGUGGAGAAAGAGGCUGCCUUCAGACUUUUGUCUUUGUUGGUGAUCUCAUCUCGAUGGCACAGUCAAUUCAUUUGACGUCAUAUCAGCCUCGUCUGUCAAUGUAUUUCAUCGCUUAUCUUCCAGAUCUGUUGGAGAGAUUUUUCACGUGUUCCUUCCACGUCUCUAUGGUGCUUGCUCUACUCAACAGCCUACCGGUGUUUUUCCUCGAUGGUGAAUCCAUUCUAGAGGCUACUUUGCUGCACUACUUUGGUUUUCUGAGCUCCAGGAUGAAGCAAUCAAUAGUACGAUGCUGCCUUUACGGAGGGACGGUAAUUUGCGCCUUUUUGAUCUUGCGAACAAUAUUCGUCUCUGUGAGCUAGACUGCUUUUGCAUUGAUUUAUGUCUAUCUAUACCACAGAAGUUUCUACAGAAACUGAAAGUAGACAGGGAAAGAGUAGCAGCUAAAACUGAUUCUGCAAAGUCUCUUAGGUUUGUUGAGACAUAUCAUAGAGUAACUGCAGAUCAUUUUUUUUUUUUCAAAGGGGUAACUGCAGAUCAUGAGAUUAAUUAGCCGUAUGUUUCUCUCAA